CCGCGCCCGGCCCCGCGUCUCGGCGCCGCGUGAGCUGCGGGGCCAUGGAGCGCGCGCCGCCCGACGGGCUGCCCAACGCGUCGGUGGCCCUGGCGGGCGAGGCGGCGGCGGCGGCGGCGGGCGCGGCGCGCGGCUUCUCGGCCGCCUGGACCGCGGUGCUGGCCGCGCUCAUGGCGCUGCUCAUCGUGGCCACGGUGCUGGGCAACGCGCUGGUCAUGCUCGCCUUCGUGGCGGAUUCCAGCCUCCGCACCCAGAACAACUUCUUCCUGCUCAACCUCGCCAUCUCCGACUUCCUCGUGGGUGCCUUCUGCAUCCCGCUGUAUGUGCCCUACGUGCUGACCGGCCGCUGGACUUUCGGCCGCGGCUUGUGCAAGCUGUGGCUGGUGGUGGACUACUUGCUGUGCACUUCUUCCGUCUUCAACAUCGUGCUCAUCAGCUACGACCGCUUCCUGUCAGUCACCCGCGCGGUCUCCUACCGGGCCCAGCAGGGUGACACCCGGAGGGCGGUCCAGAAGAUGGCGCUGGUCUGGGUGCUGGCCUUCCUGCUGUACGGGCCGGCCAUCCUGAGCUGGGAGCACCUGUCGGGGGGCAGCUCCAUCCCCGAGGGCCACUGCUACGCCGAGUUCUUCUACAACUGGUACUUCCUGAUCACGGCCUCCACCCUGGAGUUCUUCACGCCCUUCCUCAGCGUCACCUUCUUCAACCUCAGCAUCUACCUGAACAUCCAGAGGCGCACGCGCCUCCGGCUGGACGGGGCCCGCGAGGGGGGGCCCGAGCCCCCGCCCGAGGCCCAGCCCUCCCCGCCGCCCCCGCCGCCGCCCCCGCCGCCCCCCGGCUGCUGGGGCUGCUGGCCCAGGGGGCGGGGCGAGGCCACGCCCCUGCACCGGUACGGGGCGGGCGAGGCGGGCGGCGCCGAGGCGGGGGAGGGCGGCGGGGGCCACACGGCCUCGCCCACCUCCAGCUCGGGCAGCUCGUCCCGCGGCGCCGAGAGGCCGCGCUCGCUCAAGCGGGGCUCCAAGCCCUCGGCGUCGUCCGCCUCCCUGGAGAAGCGCAUGAAGAUGGUGUCGCAGAGCAUCACCCAGCGCUUCCGGCUCUCACGGGACAAGAAGGUGGCCAAGUCGCUGGCCAUCAUCGUGAGCAUCUUCGGGCUCUGCUGGGCCCCGUACACGCUGCUGAUGAUCAUCCGCGCCGCCUGCCACGGCCACUGCGUCCCCGACUACUGGUACGAGACGUCCUUCUGGCUCCUGUGGGCCAACUCGGCGGUCAACCCCGUCCUCUACCCGCUGUGCCACCACAGCUUCCGCCGGGCCUUCACCAAGCUGCUCUGCCCCCAGAAGCUCAAGGUCCAGCCCCACGGCUCCCUGGAGCAGUGCUGGAAGUGA